AGAUUUUAGAUAAAUAAGAGUUUUCAAUACAUUUCAGCUGCCUGAUAAUAUAUAAAUAGAUGUCGUAUCUUCCUGCUUUCAGGACUUUAAAGAGAUAUACAAUGUAAAAGAGAACAAUUGCCUAAUACUGUACAGCAAAAACUCCAAGUAAACACGGAAAAGAUGACUGAUUUUGGACAACUGCAUGUAAGGGAAUGGGAGGUUCAGUUUUAUGAAGAUCAAACUAGAAAAUGGUUGACAGGAACACUGUCUGUCACCAUCGAGGGCAUGUUUUUUCAAGAUAAAAACUCCCCGUUCAACGUGGGCUGCAAGUAUGGUGAUUUUGGAGAUGUAAAGAAAACAACAACUGGUAUUAUAUUUGGUGCAAUAGUUAUAAUUAAGAAAGAUGGACAGAAAUAUUGGUUAUCGUCACUUCCAAACAGGGAGGAUGUUUUUAAUGUGAUACAGUAUUUUCUCAUGUCAAAUUUAGUUUUUUCUGAAAAAGAAAAUUUGGAAAACAAGGGUCAAGGGUCAACAUCCAAGGGAACAGAAAUGGGACGUAAGCUGUUGAAAGUUGUGCAUGAUUCCCAUCAGACACUUUGUGCCUCUGCACAGAUAUUGUCAUCGCAAGGUGGACAGAUAGACUCCACUCUUACUACUAUGGCCGACAUCCAUAACGACCUAGAUGUAGCAGAGAAUUUAAUGUUAGGAAUGGAAGCCUGGGUAGGAAAAUGGAAUAUUCCAGCAGUAUACCAAAAGGUUGACCCGGUGAUUGUACGUGAUAGAGACAUUCCCGAGAUAUCUCAAUACGAGAUUCUAUAUACCAAAAUGGUAAUUAAUAAAAUGACAACACAAAAACUGGGAUUAUUACGUAUUGCUCCAGAAGGACUGUUUAUUCUAAGUGAUAAACAGAAACUGAUUCAUCACUUUAAAUGGAGUGAUGUCUCUCGUGUAAGGGUAUUAUCACCAUGUGAGAUAGUUGUGACACAGUUUCUGAUCGGACAGCCAGACUUGAACUUUGGAGUUGUUUGUACGUCGUUACUUGGGUUCUUGGAAUUUUUUGACAAAAAGUUGAGGAGCAAAGUUGAAUACAUAACAAGUGGAUUUGUGAGACAGAAACCAGAUGAUUGUGGUCAUAUUAAAACGACAGAUCCAAAACAUUUUGAACUUAAGAGAGGUGAUUUGUUGUCAAGAAAAGGGUCACCCUCAUCAAUACCACCAGUGCAAACUUCUUACAGUCAAAGUCUGACCGAUCAUGACAACCACGGUGAGCAACUUCAGCAGCUUUCUCACCAAGUAGUGAGUGAUGGAGAGGUACAAGAAAUACAGCAAACUCUAUCUGACCUGCGGUCACUGGCGAUAUCUGUCCAGCAGGAGACAGGUGUCCAGAAUGAGAAACUGGACACGCUUACAACAUCUGUGGACAAAGCUAACAUACGGAUUACAGAUGUGAACAGUCGUAUGAGCAAACUGAUGAAAUGACAAAGUUCUUUAUAUAACAAAUGUUAAUUCUUCAUAUACACGUACUUAUCACAGAGUGUAUUAUCUCAUGUUAUGGCUUUCUUCACUUACCUGUUUGUACACUUUUAUUAUCUGGCAAUCUCAUAUCCUGGAUUUAGACUGAUAUCAUUAUGAAAUGAAAUUACCUCCACAGCAACAUCUGGAUUUGAAAAUCAUUCUAGUAUUAAGAUUUCCAUGGUUACAUUUUUUGUGAUGGUCACUUUGGUAUGGAAAUAUUGCUUUAGCAGCUGUGCUCAUGACAUCAUUUUUUUUUUUUUUUUAAUUUUGAAUUAUUUGUUAAGAUAUGAACUAGCCAAACCAAGAACGAAUCAUACAUUCAUAGCAUGAUGAAUGCCAGUAGCAUAGCAGUUCAUCACAAUACCAGUAAUUUUAUAGCUGUUCUUUUAGAACUUUCUUACUAACUUUUCAAUGUAUAGCACAUUUGGGGAAAAUACUGGGUUCUGAGAGCAUGGACUAUUUUUUUUAGGAAUUGUCAAUCUUAUGUAAAACUAAAAGGAAUUGGGAAAAACAGGAGGGUAAUUUCUAGUUUUGAGGAGUCCAGUGUGGUUUGUAAAAACACAAGAAAAAAGAAAAAACCAGUUCCACCUAUGAAUCUUAACUGGGACACAUGUUGUAUUAUAUAUAUAUAUAUACAUCAAAUAGAUACUGAAAUGCAUGAACAAUUGCUUGUAGCUACAUAAGAAAGACUGAAGCUAAUACGUCAUCAGUGUAAACAUUUUGUGACACAAUCAAAACCAUUUGUGAGUAGAUCUAGGUAGAUUUAUAAAGUAAUAAUUGUCAAAGCAGGAAUAUUUAUAACGUAUUGAUUGUAUUUAUUAGCAAAAUGUAUCAUUGUGUUAUACAG